AUGGCGGAGAGACCGCUGCAACGUGCGACUUGUGCGAGAUGCAAACGUCCCGCUUGCGUGUGCUAUUGCCCGUCGUUACCCGCCGCACGCUUGAGAACGGAGCGGACGCACGUCUUGGUCUUGCAGCACAAGCACGAGACGCAUCGACGUGCGGCGAUUUCGUCCGUGCCAGUAUUGACGCAGACGCUAGCGAACGUGAGACUUGUGACGGUGGACGAUGAUUGCGACUGUAGUCCUGGCGUGAGUGACGACCUCGACAAGUGCUUGUACAACGGAGGGGAUGCGACGAUUGACGCCGCGCUCAUUUUGUUCCCGGACGAUCGUGCUCAGCCACUUGAAUCGAUUUGCGGCAAGGCGAAGAGUAUCGGAGAGCCGAAGCGAGUGCUGCUCAUUGUCAUUGAUGGCACGUGGAGGGAAGCCAAGAAAAUUGCACGACGCAAUCGACAAGUGUGGGAACAAGCUGCAAGAAGUUGGAAGGCGCGAGGAGCUAGUUUCCACUACGUUUGCCUGGAGAAUGGGGAGCGUACUGAUGGUGCUCGUGCUCGUCGAAGCAUCUACGGCGACUUGAGGCGAGAACCGAUGGAAGGCUGUAUGUCGACACUCGAAGCGGUCGCGUCGGCAUUGUAUGCACUCGAACCUAGAGAAACUCGUCAGACCCUGCACGAUGCUCUGUUGCGUGCUUUCAAAGCGAUGGUAUCGAUCCAGGAGUGGUACCAGGAGCAAGGACGAGUGGCCAAACUGAAGCAGUAUGGAGGGAUCUCGAAAGCUAAAGCAGUCGAGAUGAAGCGACUGGAGCGACAGCAGCAGCAGCUUCAAGCGAAGGUCGAAACUGUGACUGCUGAAAAGAACCCGUUGACGCAUGUCAAACGUGAUUACGUGUUUUAUUCCAGCCGGACGGACCUGCAACACCGCCAACAGCUCUUGCAACAUGGCGAGGUGGUCACGUGUACGUACGACGAGGCGCGAGAUCAUUGCGUGGAGCUCAAUCGCGAUCGAAAACGUGGCCAACGCAUUGCAAUGCUAGCGCUUGAUGCGUUCCGAAGAGAGGCCUCAAUGGUGACACAAUCGUAA